UAGUUUUCUCAGUAGACUCCCCUGAAUUUCGAUGUCGCCACUUCCGGAAGACAGUGCCUCUAAGUUGUUUUCAGCAAGUGCUUCCCAUCUCACAUCUCAAAAUGAGAAGAGGACCUGGAAUAGCUGCAAUUAAAAACAAAAAUCUAGCUCAAGCACGUUACAAAGACAAAGGCACUGAAAUUGCAGAAGAUCAAUUUGCACAUAUGGCUAAGCAAAUGGAAAUUUUUAAAACAAAUCUUGAAGACUUUGCUGCCAAACACAAAGAUGACAUUCGUAAGGAUCCUCAGUUCAGACUUCAGUUUCAAGAGAUGUGUGCUUCAAUUGGUGUUGAUCCUCUGGCAUCAAGCAAGGGCUUCUGGUCUGAAAUGCUAGGAGUUGGAGACUUUUACUAUGAGCUUGGAGUGCAGAUUGUUGAAGUAUGCCUUGCUAGUAGCCAUCGAAAUGGAGGUCUGAUAAGCAUAGAUGAGUUAAGAGACAGGGUUGUGGCAUCUAGAGGACGAAACUCCCAAGACAUCAGUAUUGAUGAUCUGCUACGAGCUAUCAAAAAAUUGCGGAUUUUAGGCAAUGGCUUUACAGUGCUUACAGUGGGGAACACACUUUUGGUGCAGUCUGUGCCAGGGGAGCUAACCAUGGAUCACACAAAUAUUUUGCAGCUGGCACAGAAAUCAGGUUAUGUAAGCAAGUCACAAGUAAUGAAAGACCUGAAAUGGGAAGAGGAGAGGUCUCAUCGUGCCUUGGAGUUUCUAGUCAAGGAAGGAAUGGCUUGGGUAGAUGACCAGGCUGGAAAUGAACGACUUUAUUGGUUUCCGACACUUUUUUCGGAUGCAAAAAACCUUUGAGACUGGCACAGCGUCAUGCAUGUAACUUCAUGUCAUUGAUAUGUAUUGUUUUCUGAUGUGUUUUCAUUUGAUAGCAAUAGAAUGAAAACAGUUUUUUUAAUUUUCCCAUGUUGUGUGCCAUAUUCUUUGGUGUUUCAGUUAUGGCAAUUUUCACACUGCUGCUAAAAAAGGUUAAUGAGUUUAGCAUGAUGGAAUGGUAGGAUGUGAGUGUUGUAUAUGAUGUAGUUUGUCCAGUAUGGUGAUGCAAAGUAUGCAUGAAGAUAUGCAGCUUCACUGUAUUGCCCACAUAGAACAAAGUUGUUUAUGAUGGAAGAAAUCAUUAUUUGAUCACUUUCACCUGCCAGAGGUGUCACUUUCACCUGGUGUUCAGUAAUAACCAUGCUUCCACUGGCUGUCUUGUUUCCUAAUAACCAUGAUCACACUGACCAUCUCAUUCACUGAUAAAUAUGAUCACCAUAUUUUUGUGUCUGACCUGAGCUGUACCUCCAAUAAAUUUAUCUCCUGCAUCUUGAACAUCUGGUGGCCUUCUAUGUCCUCAUUUACAACUGAUUCUCUUAAAACUGCUUUGUUCCUUUCAAGAUCAAUAUCUGUAGCAUUGUUUUUGCAUGUGUCUGCAAAGGAGCAAAGAUGAAGACUUUUCGUGUUAGUUCUCUAAAACUAUGAAAGAGAUGACUUAGGUACAUGGUAGAAAGGCCUUCUAUGGAUGGGUUAGGGGUACAUGUUCAGCUGCCUUCCUCCAUUUUUGCCAUCUUAUUGAAGAGUUGUGUGUAUCCCCACAAGACAUAAACUCUUUUCAUUUGUUGUUCCCUUCUUCCUGUGGACCUUUAUUGUUCCUACCUUCCUUUCUUCUUACUUUAUCUUUAGAAUAUAGUGCAUGUCAGGGGUUUUUUGGUUUUUUUUUAAUUGUUUGUUUUUGUUGUUUUGUUUUUUAACGAAUGCAUGCACACUAAAGAACACAGAAACACGACAUGCGCGCGCAAUCUCUCCUCUACAUAUCACCCACUUGAUCACGCACAACCGAGCUAGUCAAUGUGAUCUUUCAUGUCACUCCACGGUGAUCGCCGUAAAAAUAAAAUUGGUUUCUUUUAAC